AUGCGGGUGGCGGCGGUCUGGUGCAGCGGCAAACGGAGGGGAAGCCGGAGGCGGCGAGGGGCUUUGGUGGAGGGGACGGCGAUGGGAGUUCGGAAGGUGGCGGCGAGGCGGAGGCAGCAGUGGGCGGCGUGCGAUCGGAGAAGAAACGGUGGGGGUGGCAAAGGCGGCAAGGGGGCGGCGACGGCGGACGAAGGCGGUGGCGAGGGUGCUCACAGGGAGGAAGAUGAACAGAGGGCUCCGAUCUUCACGGCGAUGGCGGUGGCCGGGGCUCUAGGAUCUACGGCGACGGGCGGUGGCCGAUCACGGGAUCCGGCCGGUGGCGCCUUUUUGUGGCGCGAUGCAGCGGCGGUGAAGCGUGGGAGUGGUGGCCGCAGGCUUGGCGGCUGGCGGGACGGGGUGGAGGUUGCGGCUGCGGCGGCGGAGCUUGCGGCGGCAAGAGGCGGCUGA